AUGUCUGCGCCGCGUGCACUUCCGCUCCGCGGCGCGCGUCACUCUCGACGACGCUAGCGCGAGGAGUCGCCGGCCACGUUCGCGCGAGUAGAGUCGUCUCGACCCCGCGUUUUCCUCGACGGAAAUCGCGACCCAGCCAUAUGCGAGCGCGGCGACGGCGACGACGACGACGACGCCAUCACUAGGAGGCAUCAGCGGGACUGCCGCUACGAGGAGGAGUCGUCGAGGAGUCGGAGUCGUUCCAACGCGUCAUCGCCAUUUCGCCUACGACGCGGCCCCCUCGCGACCGACGCUGGCUAGGAGGCGGACCGGGACCCGCGAUGAAGAGGAGCUGAGUGGACGACUGCACCGGGUACACGAGGAUGAGCGGUCCGCUGCUUGGCAGAGGCCGAGGCGGCCGCCUGGCUCUGUAUGGAGGCUGCGGGGUGGUGAUUGUCUUGUUGUUUCUCCUUUAUCGUGCCGCUACUUCGGAGAUGGCCAGGCUACGGGAACUCCAUGAACAAUGCGCUCAUCAGCAAGAAGCUCUCGCCGCCCAACUGCAAGUUAUAUUUGAGUACAAAGUUCGGCUGGAGAAGUCCUUGGCCGAGGAGAAAAGCUCUAACGCCGCAGUGAAACAAGAAUUGCAGCAGCGCGCGUCGCGGGAAAAGUCCUUACGUGACAAGGAUAGCAUAGAGGCGAUGCGAAGAUUCGACUCGCUUCAGCAAUCCUAUCAUCUCCUGCAAACGGAACAUCAGGAUCUAAAGGACGAGUGUAAGAAACACGAGAAGCAGGCACUGGAUGAAACCAAGAAGUUGGAAGCGACGCUGCAGGACCUACGUGCUCGCCUCCGGCAAGCGGAAGAGAACAGAACGAAACCUUUGGAGCAUUUGAAGACCAAGUUCAUAGAAUUACAAAAUGAGAACCUUAAGCUUCAGAACAAGUACAAGGAAUUGGUGGAAGUACACGGCAAUAGCGAUAGCACCAUCGAUCAUCUUAGAAAGGAAAUUUAUCAGCUCCAGCUUGAAUUAGACAGCGUUAAGAGGAUCUACAGGAAAAGCACAUCUCCUAACCCGGUGCCGAUACUUCCUCGGGUGUCGGCGCCGCAGUCAGCAUUGCAGAAGGAGGACUCGCAACCGAUCCCGGCACCGCAAUCGCAACAACAGAGUGCAGCGCGCGAUUCUGCGAGUUCGCGAAAAAUGGAAAACUCCACCGUAGCGAACAAUGCUAAUUUGAUGUCGCCGUCUUCAAUCGACAAGGUCGCACCGCUACCAGCCAGAUCUCUGUCAAAGGUCAAAUUGCCGGUCGGCGUAUUGCCGAUUCCAGAGAUUAUCGAGCAGAAGAUCGACAACGAAGAGAAACGUCAGGAGGAGGUCCGAAAGCGAGAUGACGCUCACAAUAAUUUGCAACCGCCACCUCAGCUUCCAAAACUCGCUUUAGCAGACAGCAAGGAGGAAAAGGAACCGAUCGUCGAAGCCGGCAAUCUCGACCCUCCGUUCGUCGCGAAUCCUCCUGCUCCGCGACACGUCGGCGAUCAGAUCGUCGAGAGAAGAGCGAACGAUGCUUUGUUCAGAGCAGGAGUACAGGAGAUAGGCGAAGAAUUUAAUCAGUUGGGUCGUGUUCCUGGAUUGGACGAUGGACAAGCUAACGGCGGCGACGAUCAGUACGAUGGUGGCGAUUAUGACAAAGAGCCGCAGCAAAAGAACGAUAUCCAUUUGGCGGAGGGUGAGGAUGAAGGAGAAGACGAGGGCGACAUGCUCGAGUAUCCGCAUAAUUUGAAGCAGGGUAAGCGGUUAUAAAGUCAACAUCAUCCUUCGAAAGUUUUUUUUACGCGACCGACGAUCGGGAUUCUACCAGUGGAAAACGCCUGAAAAAUAAUUAGUCGACCUGACCUAACUUGACCAAUGUUCGCAAUCGUCCCUGGUUUCAUCAGCGAAGAAUACUUAUUAUGUACUAUAAUCUGCAUGAGUCAUUCAAUGAUCAUCUCGCGAGAAGAGUUAGAGAGAAUACGAGUUAUAUUUUAUCUUUAUUCUUUGUUGCGAAAACUUUCAUAUGAAAUUUUAGAUGUAUGAUAGUAUAUAUAUACACUAUCAUACAUCUAAAAUUUCAUAUGAAAGUUUUCGCAACGAAUAUAUAUAUAUAUAUAUAUAUAUAUAUAUAUAUAUAUAUAUAUAUACGGUGCAUAUACAUAUAUCGUCAACGACAUUUGAGUGUUUGACGAAGGUUACGCGGUUCUAAUAAAUCUUUUUCCGAGAAAUGCAAAAUGUAGAUUCUGGAAAAAGAAAAGAGAACGAAAUAGGCUGUAUUUUUCUAGAUUAAGAUGCAGAGCGGUGAUGCACGGAGUGAAGUACAUUAAGAGUGACUAAUCGCACUCAUUAUUUAAGACACUCGUGACUUUGUUACUAAUGCAAGUGCGUUAAGUUGGGCUUGUAUUGCAUUAGCAGAGCUAACUUAUGCAAAUACUAUUGGACUCGAUUAAUAAUCAUUAGAAAAUUGAAUUAAAAAAAUGUUUUAUCUAAUAAAUAAUGAAGCUGGUCGCGAAUGUGUGUGACUUCUUUCUACAUAAAUUCUAUAAUAUUCAUGCGACUCAGGGUACAGAUGUUGAUCUAUUUACUACUUGUACAAAUGCAAAAUGCAGAAUGUAUAAAUGUAGAUAUUUUGUAUAAAUGUAAAUAAAAGUUUGGGAGAUUCUCCACCCAAUCUUCUUUUUACAUUUAAAAAUUGUUAUUAUCGUUAGAAAAGAGAUCUCUCAUAAUACAUUAUAGAUUAUCAAUAGUAGAGUUAUGUGAUCUUGCAUAAUGCAAAGUUAUCCCUGCUACUGCAAUCCAAUUCAAACCUUUUCAUGAUAUCCAUUAUGAUGGCGACAAUCGAUUUUCUCAUUUUCCAUUAAGAGAGUUUACAUUGGUUAUUGACUUAUCGUCAACAAACUCUUUUAAUCUCAUUUCUUUUAUAGAUAUCCGUUGUCGCUAAAAAUCGUAGAUUGUCGGUUUUUACCAAUAAAGUGAUUAAAAAUAAAUGUAUCGUCAAAUUGACAUACAUGUAAAUAAAUUGACGUCAAGUUAACAUUCAUUAAUAAACUUGAUUCAAUCUAGCAAACCGUGAAAGAGUGAUCAAUAGUAUUCGCGUUUUAUUUAUUUUAUUUUUACCGAUAAUCUCAAAAAUUACGAUUCAACUGUUAAAAAUAAUUACUUUAAGUAGUUUACAUACAUGACGAGCAUAACGUAAUAUUUUGUUAUAGUUUAGAGAUACAGUUAUAUAUACACGCGUAUACAGAGAGGCGUUGUAAAUGUACAUAAUGUUCUUUUCAUAAUAAAAGUGAUAAAAAAACUUU